GCCCCGUCUCUGAGCCCUUUCCCUUCGCUCAUUCUUCCGGCACGCACCGCUCGUCGCACCUCCGCCCGCUGUCACUAUGAAGUCCGUCUCUACUGCCGUUGUCGCCGCCGCCCUGCUUGUUGCAGGUGUGAGCGCUCAGUUCCAGAUCAACACUCCUAACCCCCCUACCCAGUGUGUUCCCGUUCAGCUCACCUGGUCUGGCGGUAACCCUCCCUACUUCCUGGUUAUCACUCCUGGCGGCCAACCUGGUGCCGCCGCUCUCCAGCAGUACUCCGGCCUCACGGGCACCUCGUUCACCUGGCCGACCAACAUCACCUCUGGUACCUCCAUCGGUUUCACUCUGACUGACUCUACUGGUGCAACGGCUCAGAGUGCGCCUGUCACUAUCAACCCCGGCCCCGACAGCAGCUGCUUGAACGGCGGCUCGGCCUCGUCGUCCGCCUCAGGUGCCACCAGCGGCGCCAGCACCAGCGCGACUGCCCCUGUCACUUCUGCUAGCGGUGCUACUUCUGCCAGCGGCACUACGUCUGGUGCUGCAACUACCGCUGGCAGCUCGAAGCCCGCUUCUGGUACCACCUCUGGCUCCGCUAGUGGUACUGCCAGCCACGCUUCGUCCUCGUCGUCGUCGACUGCCACUGCCGGAGCCGGCAACGGCGCGUUCUCCAACAUUGCGUCUGCAGGCCUCGUCGGUAUCGUUGGUGCCAUUGCCGCCGCGAUCCUCGCUUGAGUGCACGACGCAUCUGUGAGCUCUCGUCUCGCGGAUCGACCUUGGAGACCCAAAACACGAGUAGAAUACAUCCCUGACUUUCGGUGCUUCGAACUGCAUGCCCAAGAGACUUUCCCCCCGGCCACCCCUGGUCGUAGCCCACCCUCCUUGUACGCGUACGGUAUUCCCCCUUUACCUUGCUCAUACCUCUCGACCAUCUCAUACCGCUACCAAUAUCUCCUCACGCGUUGACGUUGUAGUGUUUUCUUCCUCCCCGGCUUUUGUUGUAUAGCUUGGCUUUAGCUAGCUUCUUCUACAUGGUCUGGUGGCCGUCUGGCCCCGUGCAGACGGUCUGCUUCCUGUCCCUUGUAUCUCCGGCUUGUGCGUUACCCAGAUAGUAGCUAGUUUAGUACCUAGUCUUCCACCCUAAACACCUUUUCUGGACUCCCGUGCGUAUUAGUGCUUGCGUGGUGUGGCUGUUGUCUUGGGGACGAUGCAACAGCUGUGGGGAACCAGAUCUGACGAGCUGGAGUAUGUAACCCGCUUCUACUGGUCAAGCUCGUCCGCGGACAGUGUCCACUGCCUGAUAUACGCUUGUGUUUGUGCUCCUGGAGUCGGAUUACAGCUAACUGCAUGCAAAAACAGAGAGCGUUUGGG